GCCGAUUUUGAAUCUUAGAAUCCCCCAAGCCAGUAAAUAAAUAAAUCAACAAUGGACUUCGUCAACAAAUUAACCAGCGGCCACAGCCAGAGCCACCAGAACGAGCAAUCGUCCUCAACCGACCACAAGAAAGAAAGCGGAGGAUUCCUCUCCGGCAUUAGCGACAAGCUCAACCAUGCUGCUGGCGGCGGCAGGGAAAGCGAGAAAAAUGAAGAUUUGCUUGAUAAGGGGGUCGACUUCGUCCAGGAACACGUCCUGGGCCAAGGUCCACAGGACAACGAGAGCGCGAUAGAGCAGGCUAAGGAUGAGAAGAUCUCGGACUUUAUUCGUGAACAAUAUAAGAAUAAGACUGGAAAGGAGUUUCCCAUCAAGGAUAAGGAGACGCGGUUUGACUGAAAGGAACUUGAAAGGACCUCCUCCCUAUAUUCACCGGGUCUAGGCAAGAUGAGAGAGGGAGGAGCACACGCGGCCUUGGGAAGAGGUAGCUGUGCACAUGUCUGGGGAUCGCGUUGGAAAGGCCUAUUUUCUCUUUUUUUUUGAUGUGAAAUGAGGACGGGUAUGAUUUACAUUUCCAAGGGAUGCAGACCUCCCUAUACAUCUGGCAUUGGAAGGUGAUAUUAUAUAAGAUAUAUUUAAA